AUGGCCUCCUUCUUCGGCGACGACGGCGCCGACGACCUCCCGCGCACCACUUCCCACCCCUUCGACUCCGACGACUUCGGCGCCGCCGCGGCCGACGGCGACGGCGCCGGCGGGUACGGCGGGUACGCCUCCUUCGCCGAGGGGGGCGUCGAGGAGGUGGACGAGGAGAUCACCGUCGAGUCAGACGGGGUCCCGAUCCGCCACGUCUCUGGGGGUUACUCGCCCUCGCCGUUCUCCCCCGAGCUCGAGCCCAACGGCGGCGACGGCCCGAUCCUGCCGCCGCCCACCGAGAUGCGGGACGAGGGCAUCCUCCUCCGCGAGUGGCGGAGGAAAAAUGCUAUUGAACUUGAGAAAAAGGAACAGAAGGAGAAGGAGCUACGUGCCCAAAUAAUUGCUGAAGCUGAAGAAUUCAAGAAAGCUUUUUUUGAGAAGAGGAUACAGAACUGUGCGUCAAAUAUGGUCAACAACAGAGAAAGGGAGAAGAUUUUUGUAGCCAGCCAGGAGAAAUUCCAUGCCAACGCAGACAAGCAGUAUUGGAAAUCGAUUUCAGAUCUCAUCCCACAUGAAAUAGCCACCAUUGAGAAGCGGGGAAAGAAAGACAAGGACAAGAAGCCAUCCAUCACUGUUAUUCAGGGCCCCAAGCCUGGCAAGCCCACCGACCUCUCCCGGAUGCGCCAUAUCUUAGUGAAGCUGAAGCAUGCUCCACCGCCACAUAUGUUGCAACCUCCACCAGCACCUGCUGCUAAAGAGGGCGCAAAGGAUGGCGCCAAAGAAGGUGCAAAGGAUGGUGCCAAAGAAGGCGCGGCAGCCCCAGCAAACGGCACCAAGCAGCCUGCAGAAAGCCAAGAAACCCUCGCCAAUGGCCCCUCCGAGGCCGAGAAAGAGCAGCCUGCAGCGUCGGAGUGA